UUCAAAUUUUUUGCUCGGAAAUUCAAAGACGACUUUUAGCUAAGUAAGACGGGAAUGUUUUACUAUUCUUGAAAUACAUACACAGCCUGUUUUCUUAUCAUUAGUCCUUCUUAGAGAGAGAGAGAGAGAGAGAUGUUGUUGCUGAUUCUUUUCUGUACCGGAUACGGUGUUGUCUCGGGUUCGCAAGUUGGGGAAGUAAGGUGCAUAGAGAGGGAAAGACAAGCCCUUCUCAACUUCAAACAAGGCCUUAUAGAUCGUAACGACGAUCUCUCCUCAUGGGGAGGUCAAGAACACAACUGUUGCACAUGGAAAGGUGUGUCGUGCAACGGUUAGACUUCCCAUGUGAUCGGUCUGCAACUUCCCGGCUAUCAAUUGCAAGGGAUCACUUUCUUCGAUUUGCAGCAUCGACUAUGGAGGGGGUUUGCUUGACCUCUCAUAUAACCAGUUAUCAGGCCCGCUUCCCAACUGUUCGAGCAUGGAAAAAAUAGCCGUUCUAAAUCUGGAAAACAAUCAGAUUUAUGGUGAAAUUCCGCGCACUUUAGGCCAAUCUGAAUGCUGGUUCCAAAUACUAUUGUUGCGAAACAAUAAUUUGUCCAGAGAGUUGCCUUCCAAUUUGAAAAACUGUUACAUAUUGGCAGUUCUUGAUGUUGGCGGAAACCAACUAACAGGAAAUAUACCGGCAUACCUAGGAACAAAUCUACCAGACUUGCAGGUUCUUAGUCUCCGACGCAAUGAAUUUUUUGGAAUGAUUCCUCCAGAAGUAUGUUAUCUUACCAGGAUCCAAGUCUUGGACCUGUCUGGAAAUAACAUAUCAGGAAGAAUUCCCAGAUGCUUCAACAAUUUUACUUCUUUGGUUCAAUCUAAGUUACCUAACAGCACAACAAUUGAUACGUUUCGUGCGUAUCCUCUCCAUCAGUAUAGUUCUGAUGUGUUGAGUGCACUUGUUUAUUGGAGAGGUAAGGAGGAAGAGUACAGCAAUACUCUAGGAUUCCUUAAACUCAUUGAUCUUUCCGACAACAGAUUAGUAGGGAAUAUUCCUAAAGAGUUCUCCUUGUUGAGAGGAUUAAUAUCCUUAAACCUGUCGAGAAAUCACUUGUCAGGAAAGAUAGAUUCUGGGAUCGGCCAAAUGGAGAUGUUGGAAUCUCUAGAUCUUUCAAGAAACCAUAUAUCUGGUGAGAUUCCCAUAGGCAUGGCUGACUUGAAUUAUCUAGCGGUUUUAGAUUUGUCAAACAACAAUUUAUCAGGCAGUAUUCCGUCAGGCACUCAACUACAGGGAUUCAAUGCAUCGGUAUAUGCUGAAAACAAUGGACUUCACAAGCAAUUGAUGAUCAUGUAGGGUAAGAAGACAACAAAUUUGACAAGGGUUAUUACAUUUCUGUGGUGCUUGGAUUUGUUGUUGGGUUCUUGGGAGUCGUUGUCAUUUUGGUACUUAACAAGUCAUGGAGAAUGGCUUAUUUUGGCUUUUGGAACAACAUCUGGGAUUUGGUCUACGUGACAAUUACCACCGUAUAUAAGAGAAGAUUUAAGUAGACGAUUAAGCUUUAUAAGUAUGUUUGUAUUCAUAUCAGAAUCUCCAUUUAUAUUAGA